AACACAAUCGAUAAAUUAUUGCCAAACGAUAUCAUGACACUGGGCAUCGAACUCAUAACUUACUUGGAUGAUGAUCCUAUAUUUCCUUUCGAGUGUAUAGAUUGUACCUAUAAACUAGAUCCCAAUUUAUCAGAUGAUUUCUUGGAGCUAUAUAAAUUUCAAGAUGAUGGUGAUGUUAUGAUUUGUGUGCAGGAUAUUAAAUUUCCAGUAUAUAAAAAAGUACUAAAAGCACGGUGUUCUAAAUUAUAUGAAAUGGUUGAUCAUCAUCAACAAAUGUCUGAUGGCAAUGAUAACCAAGUAGCUCUUACGGACAUCAAGCCAGAGAUAUUUAAAAGAGUUUUAGAAUAUAUCUACACUGGGAAAGUUGAGGACUUGGAUGAUCAUGCAGAAAAUUUGCUAGAAGCUGCUUCGAACUAUAAAUUAACAGGACUGAAAAAUUUGUGUGAAGAUUCCAUCAUCAACUACUAUUAUACCGAGGAAAAUUCUGAACAAGUUAAAUCAUUGGCUGUUAAUUGUGGUGCCAUUAAUUUAAUGCGAAACGUUCUUGGCAUAAAAGCAACCACUGGUGGCAUAGCGGUGUAUGAAAAUUUUUAUAGAAGUGGUAUCCUAGAAAGAAUGGAGAUGCUAGCAAACUAGAUGCCGUAUGCAGACGAUUUUAAAACUUUUAAAUAUGGCGGGCCCGUAUUCAUACAGCGCCGUAAAUAUAUGGAGACGUAUACAUACGACGCCGUAAAAUUACAGACGCAUAGUAUUAAAAUAAAAUAAUCUUCCCUUUGGAGGGAAUUUUACUCCACGGAAAUUAAUUAAAUACACGGACAUCCGCUCCGCAUUCACUCCAGAUUCAAUUCGCGUUCACACCGAA